AUGACGUUCUUGUCGCUGUGUCUGUCUUUGCUGUUGUCGUCUUCUUUUUUUUUUCUUUUUUUGAAGCCCCCAAAUUUAACGAGGAGAGUAGAUUCAAUUUUGUAUUCCAAGGGAAAAUAUUGUCUCGUUUUCUUUUUCUUUUUUCCUAUCUUUGUGGCUUCAUUCUCCUCUUUUCUUGUCUCUUCACAAUCUGUCACUCCCUCUUUUCCCCAAUUUCUCUUUCUUUCUCUGCAAGUAUUUGCCCACACCUCUUUCAAUAUUUUCAAAUCUUUCUCUCUCUGUAAAUAUUCAACGUUCUCUCUAUCUGGGCCGCUUCUCUUUCUAUCUAUCUAUGUAUCUAUCUAUCUAAAUAUGUAUGUUUCUUCUAAUCUAUCUAUCUAUCUAUCUAUAUAUAUAUCUAUGUUUCUUCAUGUCUAUGUAUCUAUCUAUCUGUCUAUGUUGCUUCAUAUCUAUCUAUCUAUCUCAUUCGGUCCACAUCUAUCUAUCUAUCUAUGUUUCUUCAUGUCUAUCUAUCUAUGUUUCUUCAUAUCUAUCUACCUAUCUAUCUAUCUAUGUUUCUUCAUAUCUAUCUAUCUCUCUAUCUAUCUAUGUUUCUUCAUGUCUAUCUAUCUAUGUUUCUUCAUAUCUAUCUAUCUAUCUAACUAUCGAUCUAUCUAUCUAUCUAUAUAUCUAUGUUUCUUCAUAUCUAUCUAUCUAUCUAUCUAUCUAUCUAUCUAUCUAUCUAUCUAUCUACUCAUUACUCCAUUUACUGUAAGAAAAUGUCCGCAUUAA